AUGCUUUUAAACCUGAGAUUUUCCUUUGCAUGGUUGGCCACAAUUCAGAAUGCUCUUUCCUGCUCUUCAUUCAAACUAAAUGUUUGGGCAAUGUCAUCUAUCAUUUUCUGUUCUUCUUCUUUCUUGGCUUUGAAUUUUUUGUCCAAGUAG